AUGGUUGCCAAAUUCUUGUCUGUGGCGUUGUUCGCCUCAGCUGUCUUGGCUCAUCCUAAACGACACGAACGAUUCCACUAUGGUACUGGCAGUGGCACUGGGGGUGGCUGGGCUAUGCCAACUGGUGGCGUAUUUCCCAUGAAUGGCACGGCGCACACCAAGGGCUCAGACUCCGGUGCCUCGUCGUCGGUGGAGUCCUCUCCUGUCGUGGCUACAGCUGUCAAGACUGUCACCGUCCAGCCCAUCCCGCUCGAGUCGUCUUCUCCCGAUACAGCUACAGGUUUCUCGAGCGCACCUGAAGUUGCGGCAGUCGCAUCUAACACUGCCUCUCCAGAUACAGACGUCGCUCCAACCGAUGCUGUCUUGUCAUCGUGCUAUGUCUUGACUUCCACCAUCACCGCUACAUCUGUUCAGUACGUCACGGUCACAGCAACUGCUGCCGUUGGGGGAUCCGGAGAGUCGGGCCCGAACUUUGGAGGCCCUUCAGGAUCUGCUCCCUCUGGGGCUGCAGGCCAAUUUUUCGGAGCCUCAUCAAGCUCUACAGCAUUUGCCCCAUCUGAAGGUCCUGGCGGUUUCUAUGGCGGUUCCCCGAGCCCAAGCCCAAGCUCAAGCUCAAGUUCGACAACCACUACUAGUGGUGCCGGUGGCUUCCCCGUUGGUGCUGUCUCUUCGAGUUGGACAACGGCAUCAGCCCCUGGUGGCGGUCCAGGAGAGUUUUUCCCUGGCUCCUCUAGCGCGACCCCCCUUUCAUCUGCUACUUCCAGUGCAGUUGGUGGCCUGUCUCCCUCAAGCUCAAUUAGCAUUGCUGGUACUCCUACUGCCGGAGAGUUCUUCCCCGGUCCUGGAGAAAACACGGGUGUGCCAUCCUUUGGUGGUAGCUCUUCCGUGUCUUUCCCAUCUGUGGCAUCUCAAGGCGUCCCCUCUUCGAUUAUCCCAACCACCUUUGCCACUGUGACUGGCGGGGCUCCUGCUUCCAGCCCCGCCGCCAGUGCCUCAUCUGCGUCGUCGCCCGCCUCGAGCCCAAGCUCAUCCCCUAGCACUGGAUCCUCUGGCAAGAGGGGUCUCUCUUACAACGAUGCCUCCUUGACGGACGCCUUCGCCGGCAAGGGCAUGACCUGGGCGUACAACUGGGCAGCUUCACCCGGUGGCCAGGUUGUGUCUGGAGCCGAGUAUGUCCCCUUACUCUGGGGCCAAGACUCCAUCUCGGGUUGGUCCAGCGCCGUUCAGUCCGCGAUUGCAAGCGGAUCCAAGCAUGCCUUGGGCUUCAACGAACCUGAUCUUGACACCCAAUCAAACAUCGAUCCCACGACGGCUGCACAACUGUACAUCGCGAACAUGAACCCGCUCUCCGGUCAAGUUCAGCUCGGCUCCCCAGCCAUCACCAACGGAGCAGGGACCAGCCCGCUCAUGGGUAUCGACUGGCUCAACGCCUUCUUCGAGGCAUGCAAUGGCGAAUGCAAGGUCGACUUUGUGGCGUUCCACUGGUACGACUCGGCCAGCAACAUGGCUUAUUUCCAGAGCCACGUCAACGACGUCAUCGCGGCUGCCAAAGCCAACGGCGUCGGCAAGGUCUGGCUCACUGAGUUCGGCGCGAGUGGCGAUGAUAGUGAUGUAGCGAACUUUUUGACCCAGGCCAUGGCAUUCCUCGACUCAACCGAUGCUGUCGAGAGGUACGCGUACUUCAUGUGCUCCGAUGGCAUCCUGGUCGAUGGCACCUCGAUCUCAUCCCCUGUGGGCGCUGCCUACGCUGCUUAA